AUUUAAAAUAGAACAAAGAACAGUUUACUUAUAGGCAAAAGAUGCCAGUAAUCAAUAUUGAGGACCUGACAGAAAAGGACAAACUGAAGAUGGAAGUUGACCAGCUCAAGAAAGAAGUGACCCUGGAAAGAAUGAUGGUUUCCAAAUGUUGUGAAGAAGUAAGGGAUUAUAUUGAAGAAAGAUCUGGGGAAGAUCCGCUAGUAAAGGGUAUCCCAGAGGACAAAAAUCCAUUCAAGGAGCUCAAAGGAGGCUGUGUGAUUUCAUAAAAAAAAGAAAAAUAAUCCUUGGAAUAUCUCAAAUUUUAAUGACAGUACAAAUUUUCUCAUAUGCAAUAAUACUGUUAAGUAUGUACAUGAAUUUUGGAAUUUAUAAAUGUAAACUUUUAAUAAAAAUUGG